AUGACUGGAACGACAAAACGUGGACAGAGAGGCACGCCUCUACAAUACGCCACAAUGAAUGGACAUCGUGACAUUCUCGAGUUCCUAGUUGAAGUUGGCGUCAACCCUCAUAUCCCCUCGACAGGACUCUGUGAAUGCUGGUCAGUCGGCACAAAGUCCUAUGCCCUUCACACGGCACUGGCUCAUAGUAAGGUCAAAGGAGCUGCAAAGUUGCUUAUUGAGGGGUUGGGAGUAUACUGGUCCUAUCCCGACAUGCCUGCCUUGAGAGACGAACGACCUAAAGAUGAAGAUGAACGACCCCAACCAGCCGGCGAGACACUACGCUACGUUCUUGAUUACCACGUGUAUAAUCUUGAAGAGGGUAUACUUGCAAGAAACGAUCUGGAUGCCUCCGUUCGUGACUCACUUGGACGUACGCCUCUAUUUAACGCUGUAUCUUCUGGACGCCUAAAAACUGUCAAGUCGUUACUGCAGCAUCCGGAGGCCGACGCAAGUGUGACCGGGCACUAUGGCCUCAUUCCGUUGCAUUUGGCUGUUGAUAUAAGAACCCUACCAAUUUUCGAGGUGCUUCUUCGACGACUAGAGGUGGAUGCAACAAAAAAAGAUGACCGGGAAAGGACCCUUUUGCAUCUCGCUGCCCUGCGUAGUGGAGUGGAUAUUGCAAAGCUUUUGCACGAAUUGCCCGGAGUCGAUGCAGCGUCGCCAGACGGUGAGGGAAUGACAACACUUCACUGGGCUGUUCGUGGUCGCGAUAUCGCGUGGAAAGGAGGGAGGUGGAAGCAGGGAUAUCCUCCGUUGAGGACUUAUGUAACCGAAGGCCUUGAAAUCCUGAACAUCCUACUAGCUCGUCCAGAGGUAAACGCCGGUCUACACGACCAGAAAGGUCUCACGCCUUUACAUCGCGCUUGUUUGCUAGGCGAUCGCAAGGUAGCUGAGCUCUUGCUUCAGCGGGAGGGUGUUGGUCCCAACGCACGAGGCCUGAAUGGACAAACGCCUCGUCAUAUCGCAGCAUCUUGCCGUCUUCGUGGUGCAUUGGAGCUGAUGGAUCUACUCCUUGAGCAACCAGGCGUUGAGAUAACUGACUGUGACUACGAUGGUCGCACGAUCCUGCAUUACAUAGGCGGGGGUCUUCCACAAGCCUGGCGAGCCAAACCUGUCAUCGAAAAUGCUCUCCGAGAGGGUGUUCCCAUUGACCGAUUAGGUGCAGAACCUAUAGUCUCGAAGCGGUUCAAGUACAACCACAGUUUGCUGCAUCUUUGCACAAGCGCUCCAAACUCACCUGAGGAUCACCGGAAUGAGGUGGUAGAAGAGCUCAUUUCACGAGGAAUUGAAAUCGAUACUUAUACUGACUCACCUCUCUUCGACAUUGAUAAUGACGAAGAUGAAAAAAUUGACAACGUUGAAGGCAUAAGAUCAGCGAGUCUUGUCGUCGGCACUGACUGCACACCACUUAUGUGGACAGUAUUAGGAGAUCAAAGUACCAAAAACAUGGAAAUGCUACUCGAUGCGAGAGCAGAUCCAAAUGUGCAUGUUGUAAUCAGGGAUCUGGAGCUUGAGGGCAAGACCAAGAGCAAUCGACAAGCGUUUCUAUCCGGAGUGUUCCGUCUUGCUUGGGACCCUGAGGGAUUGUUGUUAAAACAUGAGUCGUGGCUAGAUUUUGAUGGACCAGUGGACAGUCCGCUACAGGAGGCAUGUGAAGCAGCAGAAGAUGGUCGUAUGCGGCUGUUGAGGACCUUGCUGGAAUUCUCAACAGCUAAGAACGUCAGCCAGAGGCAUGUUAAAGAAGUGAUUUGCGAGUAUGAGAAUAAGCCGCAGCAUGAGGAAAUUCUCUCUGUGUUGAGAGCGUUUGAGCAAAGACUAUUCAGUAAAUAG